UCUCAAAAAGAACAUUUUCUCUAAGAACCAUUAAAUUUUUCCCUUUCAUUCUUAAUUCCUCUAUAUAUAUUGAUGAUAUGUACUUCAAAUUGAGGUAGUACAAGUUUUUUUAUUCAUUUUGAUUACUUAUUUCCUUUAUAAGUUCCAAUAGGAGAAAACAAAAAAAAGAGACAAAAAAUGCUUUUUAGAAUCCUCCUUGUAGUAUUAUUAGCCACUUCAUUGUUUUCAACUUCUUGUAAUGGAAAAAAGAAGAUUGAAAAACCAAUAAAACAUGGUCAUAAUGCACCAAAAAAUGGUAAUGUGAAAAAGAAGACACAGGCAAUUAUUGAUAUACAAUCUUUUGGAGCCAAAGGUGAUGGACUCUCAGAUGAUACAGAGGCAUUUAUAAAAGCUUGGAAGAAGGCAUGCAAAACAGAAAAUGGUGUGCUUUUGAUUCCAAGGCACAAGAUAUAUUACAUUGGACCAAUUAAGUUUCAUGGUCCUUGUAAGAAAGGACUUAGAAUGAUGAUAAAUGGAGAAUUGAGAGCUUCAAAAGAUGUAUCAGAUUAUAAGGAAGAUAGAAGACAUUGGCUUUUAUUCCAAAAUAUGGAAAAUUUUAUAGUUGAAGGUGUUGGAAGCAUUGAUGGCAAUGGACAAGUAUGGUGGAAACGCUCUUGCAAAGUUGAUAAAACAAUUCCAUGCAAUACAAAAACACUAACAAUUCCAACUGCUAUGUCCUUUUAUAAUUGUACAAAUUUGAUAGUGAGAAAUUUAGAGUUGAAGAAUCCACAGAAAAUGCACUUAACAAUUACCAAAAGUAAACUUGUUGAAGUUUCAAGAUUGAGAAUUACAGCACCUGCAGAUAGCCCCAACACUGAUGGAAUUCAUAUUUCUGGAACAAAAGAUAUUGAUAUUCACCAUUGUUAUAUUGAAACAGGUGAUGAUUGUAUAUCAAUAGUAAAUGGUUCCACUAAUGUUAGAGCAAGAUAUAUACAUUGUGGACCUGGCCAUGGAAUCAGUAUUGGAAGCUUGGGGAAAAAUAAACAGGAGGAUGUUGUUUCAAAUGUUUAUGUGCAUGAUGCCACCUUGAGGGGAACAACUAAUGGAUUAAGAAUAAAGUCUUGGCAGGGAGGACGUGGAUAUGCAAAAGACAUUCUUUUUCAAGACAUACAGAUGGUGAAUGUGACCAACCCCAUAAUCAUUGAUCAAUUUUACUGUGAUCAAGAUAAACCAUGCAAAGAGCAGAAAGAAGCAGUGCAUGUGAGUAAUAUAAUGUACAAAAAUAUUAAGGGAACAAGUUCUACGCAAACUGCAAUUAAAUUAAAAUGCAGCAAAACUGUUCCAUGCGAAGGGAUACAAAUGGAAAAUGUGAAUAUACGUCACGAAGGUGGUUCAACUGUCCAAGCUUUAUGUGCAAACGUUAAAUACACAACAUUGGGGGUGUUAUUCCCAAAAUGCCCUUCUGAGCAGCGCCAGUGAGCAUUUUUGUGGAAUUAAUAACAUUUUUAUUUGAUUUUUUUUCCUUUCUCUUUUGUACAUGUCCCUUUAUUUCAUUUCUACAACUCCUUUGCUUCUUGAGAUAGUCAUUGGCAAUUUUAAGGGGAGUAUAGUAGGAAAUUAAAGGAAGUGCAAUUUUAGAAUUAUGUUGGCUAGGAAUUACAAGUGCUACUGUAUUAUGUUUU